CCGGCCCGUCAUGCACCGCGGCCGCGGCCCUGGCGCAAGAUGGCGGCGGAGCGUCAGGGAGGCGGCGGCGGCCGCGGGGCCGGGGCGGAGGAGAACAAGGACCACAAGGACGGCAAGGACAACAAGGAGAACGAACGGCCGGCGGGGCCGCAGCCCGACGGUCUCGGAGAUAGCCUGGGCCUGGAGAUCCUGCAGAUCGUGAAGGAGUCGCAGCAGCAGCACGGCCUGAGGCAUGGGGACUUCCAGAGGUACAGGGGUUACUGCUCCCGCAGGCUGAGGCGGCUCCGCAAAACUCUCAACUUCAAGAUGGGCAACAGGCACAAAUUCACUGGGAGGAAAGUAACUGAGGAGAUUCUCUCAGACAACAGGUAUUUGCUGCUGAUCCUGAUGGAUGCAGAGAGGGCCUGGAGCUAUGCCAUGCAGCUGAAGCAGGAGGCCAACACGGAGCCCCGCAAGCGCUUCCAUUUGCUGUCGCGGCUGCGCAAGGCCGUGAAGCACGCCGAGGAGCUGGAGAGGCUCUGCGAGAGCAACAGGGUGGAUGCCAAGACAAAGCUGGAGGCUCAGGCGUACAUGGCGUAUCUCACCGGGAUGCUGCGCUUCGAGCACCAGGAGUGGAAGGCAGCAAUGGAGGCUUUCAACAAGUGCAAGACCAUCUAUGAGAAACUGGCCAAUGCUUUCACAGAAGAGCAGGCUGUGCUGUAUAACCAGCGUGUGGAGGAGAUCUCACCCAACAUCCGCUACUGUGCCUACAACAUUGGUGACCAGUCUGCCAUGAAUGAGUUGAUGCAGAUGAGACUGAGGUCUGGUGGCACUGAAGGUCUUCUUGCAGAAAAACUGGAGGCACUGAUCACCCAGACUCGGGCAAAGCAGGCAGCCACGAUGAGUGAGGUGGAGUGGAGAGGGAGAACUGUCCCAGUGAAGAUUGACAAAGUGAGGAUCUUCCUGCUGGGGCUGGCUGACAACGAGGCAGCAAUCGCUCAGGCAGAAAAUGAGGAGACAAAAGAACGUUUGUUUGAGUCUUUACUCAGUGAGUGCAGAGAUGCCAUUCAGGCUGUUCGGGAAGAAUUGAAACCAGACCAGAAGCAGCGAGAACACUCUCUGGAAAAUGAUUCUGGGAAGGUGUCCAACAUCCAGUACUUACACAGUUAUUUGACCUACAUCAAGCUGUCCACGGCCAUCAAGCGCAACGAGAGCAUGGCCAAGUCCCUGCAGAAGGCCCUGCUGCAGCAGCAGCGCUCCGACGAGGACGGCAAGCGCUCGCCGCGGCCGCAGGACCUCAUCCGCCUCUACGACAUCAUCCUGCAGAACCUUGCGGAACUGACACAACUUCCUGGCCUAGAAGAAGACAAGAACUUCCAAAAGGAGAUCGGAUUGAAGACACUCGUGUACAAAGCUUACAGGUGUUUCUUCAUUGCCCAGUCCUAUGUCCUGGUGAAGAAGUGGAGUGAGGCCCUCGUGUUGUACGAGAGGGUUCUCAAAUACGCCCGCGAGGUUCAGUCGGGAGCUGGAGCUCACAGGAACAGCCUGAAGGAGCUGCCUGAUGUGCAGGAUCUCAUCACUCAAGUCAAUGCAGAAAAGUAUUCCUUGCAAGCAGCAGCUAUUUUAGAUGCAAAUGAUCCUCAUGAGACUGAAUCUCCAUCUCAGGUCAAGGAUGGCAAGCCACUCUCGGAACGGUUUGAGACUUUCUGCCUGGAUCCUUCCCUGGUCAGCAAGCAAGUCAGCCUCGUGCACUUCCCACCAGGAUUCCAGCCCAUUCCAUGCAAACCCUUGUUCUUUGACCUCGCCCUUAACCAUGUUGCUUUCCCUCCUCUGGAGGACAAGGUGGAGCAGAAGGCCAAGAGUGGCCUCACGGGAUAUAUCAAGGGCAUUUUUGGAUUCAAAAGUUAACCAGGACCCCCAGAGGAGCAGAGGUUUUAUUCUGUAUUGAAGGAAAAGCUCCAAGAGGUUCUAGGACACAAAUCCCUGCACCUGAAACCAACAGAGGGAAGUUUUACUGUCUUCUCCCCUGUGUCCUGUGUUUGUCUGUGCACACACAUUCUCUCCCAGUCUAGUAAAGACAAACCCUUACUUAGAAACAAACGUACACUAUAAACAGCUGAAAAUAACCUGGAGCACGGAGAAAUUCCUUUCUGCUUGGAGAGGUUUUGUGAUCAUUGGCCUGUCCAGGGCUGGUACACAUCUACUUACCGUGGACCAGGGCAUAGAUACAAUUUGAUUCCUGCCUCUGCCCCAUUAUUUGACACUAUAAUUUGGUUUUCUGAUCUAGAAAUUGGGGUAUAAUUGGGAGGCAGAAGUAGAUGCAGAUCUAAACCAGCAAGGUGAGGCUCCCACACAAUGGGUGUGGAACAGUAGCCAAGGGGGAAACUUCUUCCCCUUCAACCCAGAAGUCUCUGUUUUUUAAGAAUGUAACAUUCAGAAAUGACAAAAUAGAGCCUCUUUCCUUGUCAAUAAGGAUGGCAAAUGUCAAAUGUUAAUGGUUACUCUUGCUGUGGUGGUGAAUUUGUACUCUGGGCCAACAGCACCCUUCUUUAUUCAUACACACUUUGUUAAAUACCUAAAUACAGUAUAGAACCUAUUCCUGAAAGUAUUUUCCUGGGAAAAUAGCUUCAUGGGUGGCUUUAGAAAUAGCUACUCGCUCUUCUUGGGAAUUUGGGUCUCUUAGUGUUUGUUUUGUCUCUGAUCUAAACCUUGCCUGAAAACAAGAUUAUCUUUUUCUGGAGUUCUUCUGCUGCUUUGUUUCUUGUCCCUGGUCAGUAGCUACAUCUGAAAUUAGGGAUAAGGAACAGAAGAGACCAGUAGGUUUGUGAGUGAUAAUUCAUCUCUGUCAUGCCAGACAGCAUUUUUUAUAAAGCACCCAGGUGCCACGGGGAUGGGCACUUUGAAAGUGCAGAUAAUUUCAUAAUUGUGAUCACUUCAAAAAAAAUCCCACAGCACAUGUUCCUAAAUAGAACAGAACUGUUCCUAAAUAAAGCCUUUGGAACCAGCA